CUCAAGCGAAAAAAAGUUAGGAAAUCAAGGGAUAAUGAUGAUGUGAACAAGCUGUGUAAUAAAAAUAAUGUGGUUUUGUUUUCUAACAAACAAGUUUUGCAUAUUUAAGUGUUAGGAAUUCCUACCGCGUAUUCAUUCCUGGUUGUCAAAAUGAUGCAAUUUAUGCUAUUGUUUAGCCGACAAGGCAAAUUGCGGCUUCAAAAGUGGUAUGUAGCUCAUCCAGAUAAACUGAAGAAAAAAAUAACUAGAGAACUUGUCACAACAAUCCUUGCCCGCAAGCCAAAGAUGUGUUCUUUCCUUGAAUGGAAAGAAUUAAAAGUUGUUUACAAGAGGUAUGCAAGCUUGUAUUUUUGUUGUGCUGUUGAGCAAUGUGAUAAUGAGCUUCUUACUUUGGAAAUCAUCCAUCGAUAUGUGGAACUCCUUGAUAAGUAUUUUGGAAGUGUAUGUGAAUUGGAUAUAAUUUUUAAUUUUGAGAAAGCCUAUUUUAUACUUGACGAAUUAUUACUUGGUGGUGAAGUUCAAGAAACCAGUAAGAAAAAUGUCCUAAAGGCUAUAGCAGCUCAAGAUCUUCUUCAAGAAGUAA